AUGUCUGGACAAUCUCGCAGUCGUGACCGACACGGACAUUCCCGCGAUCGGGAGCGUGACCGCGCGCAUAGGAGGAAAAGGGACCAUGCGCGGGGGAGAUAUGACGAGGAUGGUGGCGCAAUGUCCAGUCCUGUGGACUCGCGGAAGGGGAAAUACAGAUUCCAAGGUGAGGAUGUCGGCUAUGAUUCAUACGACCAGGAACGAGAUGCAAGCGAUGCACAAAAUGAAGAACGGAGACGUAGAGAGCGGAGACAGAGACGGAGGGAAGAAGAAGGGGGCAAGGCGAAGGAAUCACCGGCUACCUCGCCUUUGAAGAAACGAGAUCGGGAGCGCGAUCGCGAUGGAAAUCCGCGCCGGAGGCAUUUCGUGGAAGGGGAAGGGAGUCCUACAAAAGAAGUCAGAGGGCGGAAGCAUCGAGACAGAGACCGGAUAGGGAAGCACGAUGUCGAUGCCGAUGCGAGAAGGCAGAGGCGACGCGAUCGGCGUGAGAUGGAGGGGAGCAGGGACACUGCUGCUGCAGGGCCCAUUGCGGCAAAACAUAAGAGCAUAGAGUCGACAAGUAGCGCCUCACAUUUGUUGGCUGCAGAUGCACUAGCUCGAGAAAGCUCUGAGCACGAGAUGGAAGACUUACCGGAACAAUGGGAGCGCCGCCAACGGGAACGACAAGCACAAGCGCGAGAACAUUCCAAGUUCCCAGACGAAAAUAACAGAGAGCGUCGACAACGGAAACGUGCUUUACUGGGUGCCGGAGGUGGUGCUCUCACGGCUGAACUUCUCGAGGCAAGCCCAAGACACCGGUCUGGAGCUAGAGUGGUAUCCGGGUCCUACUUAGAAGAAGGUCACACUCCGGAUAUGAACGUCCGUCAUCGUGGCGGUGGUGGUCCUGCGAUGGACCGAGCUUGGAAACAUGAAAAGGACUGGGCAGGCAACUAUGGAAGUGCCGAGCAAAGGCCAUUUUGGAAGUUCUGGGAUUCGUGGUCCAGAAAGAAGCGUAUAUGGAUUGCAACAAUGGCAGGCAUCUUGAUUUUGCUUGCAAUUGUCGUUCCAAUCGCCGUUACUGAGUCGCAAAAGAAAAGUACUGCCUCAUCUGCCUCGACCUCGACCUCCUCAAGCCCCUCGAGCAAUUUGACUGCAAAUCUGGACACAAUCAGCCGGGAUAGCAUUCCUUCGUAUGCACAAGGAACCGUCCUUGAUCCCUUUACCUGGUAUGAGACCGAGGGGUUUAAUCUUACCUUCACAAAUCAGACAGUGGGCGGUUUGUACAUCAUGGGUCUGAACUCGUCAUGGGAGGACUCGGCCCGACCAAACGACAACGUUCCACCAUUGAACGAAACGUUUCCCUAUGGCUCACAGCCCAUCCGCGGAGUCAACAUUGGCGGUUGGCUUUCAAUUGAGCCUUGGAUUGUCCCAUCCUUGUUCAACAGCUACUCCUCCGAUGCUGGUAUCAUCGAUGAGUGGACGUUGAGUGAGCAGCUGGGGUCUAGCGCUGCCGCGACCAUCGAAAAACAUUAUGCAACCUUCUAUACAGAGCAGGACUUUGCUGAGAUCCAGCAAGCGGGCCUGGAUCAUGUGCGCAUUCAAUACUCUUACUGGGCAGUGAAAGUGUAUGACAGCGACCCCUACGUGGCUCAGAUUUCCUGGCGAUACCUCCUUCGUGCAAUUGAGUACUGCCGUAAAUAUGGUCUUCGAAUUAAACUUGAUCUUCAUGGAGUUCCUGGCAGUCAAAAUGGCUGGCAACACAGUGGCCACCAAGGAGAGAUCGGCUGGUUGAAUGGAACCGAUGGGGAAUUGAAUGCCAACCGAACUCUGGAGAUUCAUGAUCAACUGUCUACAUUUUUCGCCCAGGACCGAUACAAAAACAUCGUGACAAUGUAUGGUAUUGUCAAUGAGCCGCUUAUGCUCUCCCUAUCUACUGAGGAAGUUCUCGAUUGGAACAAUCAGACAGCCAAACUAGUUCGCAAAAAUGGAAUGAGUGCGACCAUUGUCUUCCACGACGGGUUCCUCAAUCUCGACAAGUGGGACGAGAUGUUUAAGUACCAUCCGGACAACAUGUACCUGGACACACAUCAAUAUACCACAUUCAACACCGGCGAGAUUGUGCUGAACCACACGGCCAAGAUUGAGCUCAUCUGCAGCAGCUGGUACACCAUGAUUGAGGCUAUCAAUAGCACUAGCUCAGGGUGGGGCCCUACAGUAUGCGGUGAAUGGUCGCAAGCUGACACUGACUGCGCGGAAUAUCUGAACAACGUGGGUCGCGGUACUCGGUGGGAAGGAACAUAUGACACGAGCUCGUCGACGCAGUACUGUCCCACUGCCAGCGAGGGCACCUGCAGCUGCAAUGGUGCCAAUGCCGAUGUUUCCGAGUACUCGGACGCGUACAAAAAAUGGCUCCUUUACUACGCCGAGGCGCAAAUGUCCGUCUUUGAAACCGCCAUGGGUUGGUUUUACUGGACCUGGCGUACCGAGUCAGCAGCGCAGUGGAGCUAUCGUACGGCGUGGAAAGGGGGGUUUAUGCCGGACAAGGCGUAUUCUCCAUCUUUCAAAUGCGGAGAUGAUGUGCCAGAUUUCUCCAGUUUGGGACUGGCCGAGUAUUACUGA